AUGACUGGUUGGAGGUUAGACGAAGACGAAAAAUGCAAGGUAGUUACAAUUUACAAUUCACGUCUGAUAUGCGAACGGCUAGUCUUCAAUGGUUGCUCCUCGGAGCGAUAUGCUGCCUCCUCGGGAGUGCAGUUGGUGCCAGAAAAGGAGGAGGAGGAGGGUCAGGGUCGGACAGGGGUUCUGAUGGCGGCUCUGACGGUAACGGCUCAGGCGAAGGAGCUGGUCCAGUACAGCUUGGAAAACGGGGAGGGCGAGGUUCUUAGAGACGGGGGCAUUUGUGGAAGCCAGGGCGUGCAGGCCACGGCAUCUCCGGAGGUGAUGCUGGGAGUGGCUGCACUUGGGCCGCAGUACGACAUUGACGGACUGACCAAUACCUUCAUCCUCGGCUUCGACGCCUACCGGCCAGACCCUCCCGUCGAUGAUGUUGACCCUCUGGACUGGAGCGGUUGCUACUCAUUCCCUCACAAUAUCCACUUCGCAACAACAUCGAAAUAUCACAACCCUCCUCAAGGGCAGAUAUCCGACGCUCGCGACCUGGUAAAACUGAGUCUGUCUGCGUCAAACAUCUCCUCAACCGUGUAUUUCAACGGCACCUAUAUGGGUCACCCGAAAGAAGAUUACAAUCCCGGUUUAACGAUGUGGGAUGGGAUCGAUAUCGCGAGACGCGCUUUCUCUCACGCUUGA